AUGAAAUAGUUAAGACAUGCAGUUUAAUGCACUCAAAUUGACCAUGACAAUUAAUAAGUUUAAUAUAUUUGCAUUGAACCAACUUGUACAUAAAAAUAAAAAGGAAUGUGUGAAAUUUGUAAAUUUGGAAAUCAUUGGUAACAUACUUGCAUUGAAGUCAAAAAACUAGAUGAAUUAUUAGUUAAAUCAUUUGAAUAAGAAAAAUAAUUUAAGAAUAAUGUAUACAAAACAUGUUGCAAUACAAUAUAAUUAUCUAUAUAAUUCCUUCAAAAAAAGCUGUUAUAAAUAAUGCAAGAACUUAAAGAGAUUAGUAAAACUUAGAAAGAAGAAUCAUUAUUAGAAUUAUUAUUUGAAACAUAUAUAAAGAAUGAUAAACUAAAUUUAGAAGAAUACAACGAAGUUAGAACAUUAGUAAUGGGAAAUUUAGAUUAGUUUUUUGGUGAAUAUUUUUGGAAAAAAGAAAUGUUUAUAUGUAAUUCAAAAUCUAUUUAAGAAUACUCAGAUAAAUUAAUGUAAAAAACAAUAAUAUUUACUGAAGAUAUCAGUUUAUUUCAAAAAUAUGGGAUUUAAUUACAAAAUAUUCAAAUAUAGAAAUUUUAAGAAUAUUAAAAGUAAUAAAGUAAAUAAUUUAUUGAGAUUUUAAAUGAGAGAAAUGUGAAUAAAAAAAGUGAAAUUUAAAUAGGAGAACCAAUAGAAUAAUUUUAUAAAAAGAAUUUAUAAAAAAUAUCAUCAGUUGAUAUUUCAAAUAAAUUAGAAUUAUUAGCAAUAGGAGGAAGUGAUAAAUAUAUUUUGGUAGUAGAUUUUAAAUCAGCUGAUUGUUAGCAUGAAUUAUAAAUAUCUACUUAAUAAGUAUAUAGCGUAAGAUUUUCUCCAGAUGAUAAAUAUUUAAUGGCAGGUGGAUCUAAACCUUUUGAAAUUUAUAGUUGGUUAGUAAAUAAUUGGAAUUCUCCUCCAAUUAUAUUUAGAGGUCAUAGUAAUUACAUUUAUAGAUUAAGAUUUAGUGAAGAUUCUAAGUUUUUAUUAUCAAGUAGUGCUGAUAAGACAUCUAUUUUGUGGAAUAUUGAUAAGAAAUUACCAUAAUAAAUAUAUAAAGGACAUAGUUAAAAUGUUUAUGGUUGUGCAAUAUCUAUUAAAUCAAAUAGAGUUGCAACAAUAGGAGGAGAUGAAUUAAUUAUUGUUUAUGAUUAAUAAUCUGCAUAAAUACUUCAUUAAUGGAAGGGACAUUCAUGUGAAUAUGGUGGUUCAUCUAUUAAUUAUAUGUAGAAUGGUUAAUUGAUAAUAUCAGGUGGUUAUGAUGGAAAAAUUAAAUUAUGGGAUGCCAACAAUUAUGAAUUACUAAGAGAAUUUAUUAGUCAUAGUAAAAAUUGGGUUUGGAGUAUUUCAAUAUCUUUGAAUUAAGAAUAAUUUGGAUCAAUUUGUAAUGAUUAUACUUUAAAAAUUUGGGAUGUUAAAUAAACUAAACCUCUUUUAACAUUACCAAAUGAAAAUAAUGGGGCUCCAGGUUCUGAAAUAAUAUUAAAAGAGAAUUAAUUUAUUAUUGCUACUUCUAUUUAAUCUGUUAAAAUUUGGAAGCUCUCUUGA